UUGGGACGUUCAGAAGAACGCCAAGGCGCUCUCAGGGAGGGACGCUGAUUGGCUCUUCCCGCCCGUGACGCGAAGCUUCCCCUGUCCCACGGAGGAGGCGCUUCCUUCGGUUUCGGGCUUUACGCGAGGCCCCGGCUUUGAGGCCUAGUGUGCGGAAGGCUCUGAAGCAGAACGAAAAUGUCACUCUACGAUGACUUGGGAGUGGAGACCAGCGAUUCCAAGACAGAAGGCUGGUCCAAAAACUUCAAACUCCUGCAGUCUCAGCUGCAAGUGAAGAAGGCGGCACUCACCCAAGCAAAGAGCCAAAGGACAAAGCAAACAACAGUUCUUGCUCCUGUCAUUGACCUGAAACGAGGCAGUGCUUCUGAUGAACGACAGAUCGUAGACACCCCUCCACAUGUGGCACCUGGUCUGAAGGAUCCUGUUCCCAGUGGUUUUUCUGCUGGAGAUGUAUUAAUCCCUUUAGCUGACGAGUAUGAUCCUAUGUUCCCCAACGAUUAUGAGAAAGUAGUAAAGCGCCAGCGGGAAGAAAGACAACGACAGCGAGAAUUGGAGCGGCAGAAGGAGAUUGAGGAAAGAGAAAAGAGGCGCAAAGAUAGGCACGAGGCGAGUGGGUUUUCCAGACGGCCUGAUCCAGAUUCUGACGAAGACGAAGAUUACGAAAGGGAGAGGCGGAAAAGAAGCAUGGGAAGAGCUGCCAUCGCGCCACCUACGUCGUUGGUUGAGAAGGACAAAGAACCCCCUCCAUCAUUCCCCUAUGAAGAAGAGCCACGGUCUCGUGGAUCAUCAUCGUCUUCAUCAUCAUCAUCUUCAAAAGCAGCCAUUCCGCCCCCCAUGUAUGAUGAGCCCGAGAGGCCUCGAUCUCCAACUGGACCCAGCAAUUCCUUUUUAGCUAAUAUGGGAGGCACCGUGGCACACAAGAUCAUGCAGAAAUACGGUUUCCGGGAGGGACAGGGUCUUGGGAAGCACGAACAGGGCUUGAGCACUGCCUUGUCAGUAGAGAAAACAAGCAAGAGGGGCGGCAAAAUCAUUGUUGGUGACUCUGCUGAUAAAGCAGAUUCAUCCAAGAAAUCUGAUUCAAAUCCUUUAACAGAGAUAUUAAAGUGCCCAACCAAAGUGGUUCUGCUUCGGAAUAUGGUUGGAGCUGGUGAGGUGGAUGAAGACUUGGAGGGUGAAACCAAGGAAGAGUGUGAAAAAUACGGCAAAGUUGGGAAGUGUGUCAUUUUUGAGAUUCCAGGUGCUCCUGAUGAUGAAGCUGUGAGAAUAUUUUUAGAGUUUGAAAGAGUUGAAUCUGCAAUUAAAGCUGUCGUUGACCUGAAUGGAAGAUACUUUGGAGGACGGGUAGUGAAGGCGUGCUUCUACAACCUGGACAAAUUCAGAGUCUUGGAUCUUGCAGAGCUAGCCUGAUUUCCAUUUUUCCACCAUGGAUUGAAAACUAAUUCAAUACAUCGAACGUCUCACAACUUUCAGCAGCAGCUGAGAAUGGAGCAAACGAUGGCAUCUUUUUCAGCAAACUGGAAAACAGUCCCUGAGUGGCUUUUUCCCCAUUCAUUGUGAUGGACACAAUUUAUUUUUAUUGUCAUAUAAAAUUCCUUAAAGAUACAAUCUA